UACCAAUCGGCAUCUGCUGUCCUCGCAAUAUAUUUACCAUUUCCUCGUCCCUACCUCCCCAUCAUGGGUGACACGGUCUACGCUUCAGAGGAGGAUACUAUCUCAAAGCGGCAGUCCGACAUUUACUCGUGGAUAAAGAAUAAAAUUGAAAAUGAAGGAGUCCAGGCCAGAAACAUAAUCAAGUAUAAUGUUCCGGUCGAUGCCGGUGAUGGUCCCAAGCGAGUUCCUACAAUGGCUACGCGUUCUGAUGUAUUGCAGCUCUGUCCGGCUAUUCAUGGCUCGCGUCACACAUCUGGUUGUGGCGUUUCUGAGCAAACUGAAUGGUCACGCGCCACCAGUCCGCAAAGUGCACAAACACCACGCUCAUCUGUUGGUAGCCAUUCAUUCGAUCGUUGUGUAUCAAUCCGGAGUGUUAACACGAUUAGUUCAACGCCUUCUAGUUGCUCUUCCGCUAAACCACAUAGGCGCUUCAACGCAGCUCCCAGCACGUUAGUCUCGUCUGCAGCCAGAAAUGCUCGUCAGACGGAAAACGAAUACCGUGCCAGGUACUGGGGACAGAUGCUGGACACAUUGCGCAGAACCAUCGAUGAAAUUUAUUCCGCUUGUGAAACUGAUGAGAGCGAAAUGGAAUGCAAAGAAGUAAUCAUGAUACUGGAGCACAGCAAGCAGGAUUUCCACUCAUUGAUUGAAAAAAUGAAUUUAUUGCGUGAGUACGAACGCGCGGACGACCAAAAUAAACCUAGUGCACUUGCUUGGGACGAGCGUACGACUUUACCUGAUAAGCCGAUUAUGCGGCAAGUAUUGGCUUCUGCUGCUAUGGCCGCUGCUUCACCUCCAUUGGACACUUUUAUCUCUGUCCCGGCUCAUUUGACUCUGGAUGUGAAUGGCCACGAUUCUGAUGGCAGUGGUAGCUGGCGAUCGAUUGUGAAGGUAGCACCCUCGAGAGCUGCAAACCAUAUGGGUUUUGGACCUCCAUCAAGCGGCGCGACAUCGUCUAACCCACUUGCUCAUACUCCCUCUCUGAAGCUGCGUGACAUACACCAUUUAUCUCAUGUUCGUUCCGGUUCGGAUCUAACCAACUCUGCUCUAUCAUCUCAGAGGGACGACGUUCUUGAUGAUACCAUGGAUGAUGAUAUGAUCGGUGCUGCUUUGGACGGUGAACUGGGUACCAACGUGUUGUAUUCUGAAGACGAAGCUGAUGACGCUGAUAAUGAUGAUGAUGAUGACACAGAGUUGGUCGAUAUUGCGCUUUCAGAGAGCAACGCUUCGGAACCAAAAAACUGCACCCGUUUUUCGCACUCCAUACCGAAUUCUUUUCUAGCUCGAAGGUCCCCACAUGGUUUAGACGAAGACAUUGAGGACCCAGAAGACAAUACCAUAUCACGUGAUUUACGGCAGAUUGAUGAGGCUAUUGCCACCGUCACAACCGCAGAACGCAUGCUAACUAACCGGCUAGGCCGUGCGCAGUGCGCGGAGGCUGCCUUGCGCCGUCGUCUGUUGGCUGAGGACAAAACCACUAGCGCUCACUCUUCUUGUCAAUGGCGUGGCCACAAGAAACUCGGCAUGAAGUCGUCUAAAGUAGUUCGCAAUGCGGAGCACGAUGGGGACACUGUGGAGAUGAACGUGAAUCUAUUAAAAGGAGGCGUUUUGUUGCUUCCGAAUGACUCCGUGGAGGAUCACUCAAAUCUGCUUAUUGUUAACCACACCAUUAGCUCGGUUGACAGUGGCGAAAGUGAUGUUGCUCGCGAAGUGGAAAGCGUCUUUUCCUCAAAAACGAAUGAGUUCGCUGUCACUCCUUCAAUUCGUCACUCCCGAGGCGCAACACAGUCACGACGUCGUCAGUGCUGCGCUUGUGCUUGCCACGAAACCAUCACCUCUACCGCGUCGAUGACUACUUCCAACGGAACCAGCCGCAGUCACAAAUUCAAAACUCCCACCGUAUGCGCUCACUCCAGUGGUCGUGUGGCUUCGAGCAACCUACCCGUUGGCCGUUCUCAAAAUACAUGCCCAUUGCGGACUUUGUCGGAUAACCGCGGCAGCUUUCCUCUUGAAAUGCUCCGGCAAAGUAACAUUGUUUACUACUCUCCUUCUGGGCGUUCCAAGACAGCUUCAGAUGAUUGCCCAGUCUCGGAAGCCGCGCAACCUCUUAGUCCUCGCAUGGACUCCACAACCAUGCCAACCUCAGUCACGCACUGUUCAAAUGAUGUGAAUGUGGGUAAACUUGUCUCCUCCAAUCCUCAUUACAUGCGAGCGAUGGUAUCUCCGAGCAUGGGCGUCACCGCUGUGGAGACCGCCAAAGGUUUGCUUUUCCUGUCCGAGAUGAGCGCUAAAUCUCGCACCCCUGGCCAUGGGGUUCAGAUGCACGAGAAGUUGUCUGCCCGUUCUGCUCGAAAGUGA